AUGAAUGCAGAUGGAAUUUGUCAUGUAUAUGUUGACAAUUCUGCUAAUAUUGAUAUGACAAUGCAGAUAGUUAGGGAUGCAAAGAUUGAUUAUCCUACUGCCUACAAUGCAAUGGGAACUCUUCUUGUACAUAAGAAUCUGUCGUGUAAUGGUGGACUUAAUGAGCUUAUCCUUGAACUUCAACGUGAAGGUUUAAAAAUGUAUGGUGGACCAAAAGCCUGCGCCAUGCUAAACAUUGUUGAAACAAGUUCUUUUCAUCAUGAGUACAGCUCACGUACUUGCACAAUUGAAAUUGUUGAAGAUGUCUUCACUGCCAUUGAUCACAUAAAUAAACAUGGCAGCGGUCAUACUGAAUGCAUUGUCACAGAAGAUUCUGAAGUGGAUGAGACUUUCAUAUCUCAAGUUGACAGUGCUGCUGUAUUCCACAAUGCAAGUACACGUUUUGGUGAUGGAGCGCGCUUUGGGAUUGGGGCAGAGGAUAACCUUGGAAAAUUCGAUGAGAAAGCCGAUGAAGAGAACUUUGUAUCAUUUGAUGAAUCAAACCCCUUGAAAGAGGACAAAAUCAUCUCUUAUGAUGAUGAUGAUUUUAUAAGUGAUGAUAUAAGCAAAGACAAUCAAGAUGAUCAAUCAACUCAAGAGAAUGAAGUCAGCAUUGAGCAGCAAGAUCAAUAUGAUAAUCUUCCUAAGGAAUGGAGAUCCCGUAGAGAUCACCCCAUUGACAACAUUAUAGGUGAUAUCAACAAAUGA